AGAUUUACACCGCGUCACCUUGCGGGCGCCAUCUUGGCUCCAUGUGAGCUGUCUGUUUGACAGGCAGGAUGUUGGUAAUGGGUGAAGGUGACCGUAGUUGUGAAUAAAAACUUUAAAAAUGUCUACGUUUCGUGUAGUGAGGAGGAUGUUCUGUGUCGCGGCCGAAACAGCUGCAGCUCCGGUCGCAGGCAGCAGAUGGGAGAGACUGAAAAAGAGCAAAGCGGGUGUGUGGUGUCGCGGCCUGGUGACGGACUACAAAGAGGCGUGUCGGGAGAUAUUCGUGGGAGCGUGGGAGCGACCAAUCAAAGCCUCGGUAUACGGGACUCUGCUGGGCGGGGCCUUGGCCUGUUUUUACACUAAACCUGAUCAGUCAUCAUUCGAGGCCGCCCUUCUGGAUCGCUCAAAUGAGCUGGGCCUCCUGUCCCCCUGGAUCCGUAACGCCACCUCCGACGGCCACGUGCAGAGUCUGGUAAAGCUUCGUAACGAGGGACGCCUCCGUCACAUCAGCUUUGGUUUACUUUCCCUGGUUUACCGUGCAGACUACGACCUGGCCGCCUCCCUGUACGAGGCCCAGUGCUCCAACCUGUCGGUGCCCUGGAGGGAGCUGCAUCAGCGGGUGCUGGAUGUGGGAUUUGUUGGCUUUUGGUGGGUCCUGGACUCAAAGAUGAAGGACUAUGAUGUAAAUGAUGAUGAGUUCAAGCACCUGCCAGUAUACAUGCAGCACACUGCCGCUCCUAGUGUUCAGGAAGUGGAGAGGAGUGAGAGGCUGCAUAAAGAGUCGUGGUUACCUCCGGCUGUGGAGGAGGAGGAGGCGGGAACAAAAGUAGUGGACCGAAAAGAGGAAGUCAUGAGUGAGGAGAGCCAAAUUAAAGAGGAACAGACUCCAGCCUGAGUUUAUCACAGACAUUUCAAACAUUCUGGAUGUCAAACGGUAGCCUACCAGAGUACUUAUAUCCUUUUUUACAUAACGUCUAACUCAACAAACUGCUGUGAGCUGACGCUUUACAACCUGCAACUUUCCCAAUGGUUUACUGCUACAAACCAGGAAAAGUAAACGUCAUAAAAACAUAACAUUUGUUAUUUUUAUUUAUUGUCACAUGCUAUUUUGUUUCACAUAAAAUAUAAGAAACCAUUAAAGCUAUAAAACAUGUCUCAAUAAAUCAA